AUGAUUACGAUCAUUUGUAAUUAUCUCUUCGUGGAGCUUCUUGCCACCUGUGACAAAGACAACCACACUCAGCAUUCAACACUUAUGCCUGCCACCAUAGUAGCUCACCCUGAUCUUAAGCACGAUUGCAGUUCUUUCAAUCCAAAUUUCCCUAGCCAUUACAAGCGCUAUGAAACUAGAAGUUUCACUAAUGCACAGGCGACACGCAGUACCAGCAAUGCUGCCAGCAGCCUGAGAACCCCCAGCGAAAAUCAAUACAAGCCAAAGCUCCUGAAACAUGGGCCAGUGUCCCCGGGAUUGCUGCUGGGAAACAGAACUACAGAACCCCGAUCCAUCAAAACAUGCCUGCCUGUGGAGCAGGAGACACAAGAUAACAAAUCAGUUGAUUGUGAAGAGGGUACAAGCGAUGUUGCCACUACCACAGCAGAUUCAUUGUAUGAUCAUGAUAUCCAGAAGUCCUACCACUCUGAACACUUCACUCCAAAUGUACAAAAUGUUUUGAAGUAUUUAACUGGACUGGCUCUGGUAGAUACCUACAUGGGAUUCCAUGGUGUGAAACCACGAGAAUUCGAAAUAAUAGAACACGAGGUGGAAGAAACGGGCUGCAUAUUGACAAAGCCCAGGCUCGCUUAUGACUAUAACGAACACCUUCUUACCAUCCAUAUGCCUACAGUCCUGCAUGAAGCUUUUCACGAUGAUCUGAAGGAUUCGUUCACAUCCGCUAUCAAAGAUCUUCCUUACAAUCGCAGGAUCAUUCGUCCUCAAGUUUACAUGAACUACAAACUCCGGCUCAAGAGCAAAUCGGUCAUGCCAGAUAUGGUCAUCUCACUAACUGCCACGCAGGGGCCCACACAAAAACUGCUUAUUCCCUACAUAGGAGAAACAGCAUUGACAGAGCAAUGGGAUCAUGUAUUCAAGAAAAUGGAAUCGAUGAUCGUCGCACAUCCAGAGAUCAUCUUGGCUUCGAUCGUAUUGGUACGCGAAGCCAAACGCUACACCUCCCCUCAACAAGAUUCCAUCGCAACGGAUACGUUACACAACCGUUGCAAUGGUGAAGAGAAGCCCGACCCCUUGUCUCUCGAAGAAUUUAUCACUCAACGUUCAACACUACAGAACUUCGAGGAACCUGUACAAGUCAGUGAUCACACAUGGUGUCACGUCGAGUCUGUGGAGUAUUUUGUUUGGAUUAAAGGAGAUAAGGAUAGGGCGAUUGACAUGCGUAACGGCAAGCCAGAGGACAGAGCAUACGGCGUCUUACUGCCUGAGCUGCACAUGGACGACAUCACAAAGAUAUUCGACCGAGGAAUGUCGCAGAUGAGAGACCUCUUCCUCUUGUUCCAGAAAGACCUUGACCCUAAGUCUGCCAUUGAUCAUUCCUCUCUUGCAAAUUUCGUCAUCCCACCGUUCCCCAUUGACUGGGACCUUGGCUCGCUGGGAGUCCUGACUGCAGCGGACCUCACUGCAUACACACGCUAUGUCGACUGGCAUGACGUGCGUUUCAGAGGCGCCAAGCACACGCAUGAUUCGUCUUAUGAGCCUUCGGAAUCGGAGUACGAUGGCAGUAGCUCCGAGUCUGGGGAAGCUCACUCAUCGAAGCCUAGUGCAAGCACCCCCAACGUCCCCCCCCAUCUUACGUUCAGAACCUUCACGGUUGGUCAUAGUAACUCCGACUCUACACCCGUGGCGCAUGUCGCCAGCAACUCGAUGGCUCCCACCGCGACGAGCCAGCCUGAAUCCUCGAAGGUCAGAUCGAAGUCCAAGGGCAAGGGCAAGGGUCAUCGCAGCAGGGGUCCCAACAAGCGUGCAAGAACUUAG